UCUGAUAUUUUUCUGUUGUGAUUAUUCCGAAAAAAACACAUGUUGCAGUGAAUUAUUGGGAUUUACUUUACGCUGUGUAUGAAUGUUAACAGCAUUGAGAGAUUAGGUCGGGAAUUUCUUUUCAAAGCUAAACAGAGCUGAUACAAGUUGGGUGUUUUCCCGUCUCCCUAAUUCUCUCUACGGUUUCGACUAUCCUAGGGGUAACUGAGCCCCGGGACUUCACGAAAAUGGAUCUCCUUUAUGGAAGUGAUCAAAAAUUUGGCGAAAUGGACGAAGAUAUGAGUGAUUUUUUGGAUAACGACGUUUUUCCUUCACCGACCACGGAUGCCGGCAGCUACAAUAUGGACGACGAAUGGUUUAACAGUUUCUUUGUCGACCCAGUACUCAAUGACAAAAUGAUCACAGAUGCCGCCCAGCCUCCACAUAUCAAGUCCGAGCACAGCUACUCCACAAUGAACGAGAACAGUCUUAGCGGCUCAGAGGAUCUCGGCGACAUGAGCAGACUUGAAGAUUUGGACUCUGACUUCCUAAUCAAGAACGCGGCCCUUGACCUUACAGUAAAAUCAACAGAAAGCAUAAACACACCAAAACCAGAACCAUUGGACAGUGACCCGAUCAAGAUCACAUCGACAGCCUCGACGACAGUAAUGACCCGCACAUUCACGGUAACAAAGCAACAGCCCACAAUUAUUCUGGCAUCAUCGGCCCAAGGACAGACUGCAUUAUCAGAACGAUCAGUAUUACCAAAAAUCACAGUGAAAACGGAACCUAUAGAUACUUACGAUUCUUCAGAUCAAACAGUGAAUAUUGACUCAUUAGUGCUUCCACCCACACCACCCAGUAGUAGUAACAGUGACAGUGACAGCUGUCCGAGCCCACAACGCUCCGCCCCAUCAAGUCCAGUACGACAUCUUCCAUACUCGCGCCAGCUGGACCGGCACUCAUCGUACUCAUCAUCCCUAUCACCUACAGGAUCAUCGCGGCAUUAUUCACACUCAUUGUAUUCGUCAUCUAGUCAGAGUGACAGCGGAGUUGAUAUUGUAUUCCAGCAGAUUCCGACAUCAGGCGUCCUCAUGCUAACAGAGGAGGAGAAACGUACACUGAUCUCGGAGGGAUACCCUAUUCCAUCCAAACUGCCACUUACAAAACAGGAGGAGAAAAAUCUGAAAAAAAUAAGACGCAAAAUUAAAAACAAGAUCUCAGCUCAGGAGAGCAGAAGAAAGAAAAAAGAAUAUCUUGAAGCAUUAGAAAAAAGAGUGGAGUCAUUUUCCCAAGAAAACAGUGAAUUAAAGAAGAAAGUUGACUCUCUCGAGAAUAAUAACAGAUCCCUCUUGAGUCAGUUACAGAAGCUGCAAAGCCUUGUGGGUAAAAUUCCACGUCCCAGUGGGACAGUUCCGCAGACUGGACUUAUGGUUCUGGUAUUAUGUUUCGCUGUAUUUCUGGGCAGUUGGACGCCAACUUCUCUCAAUAUUGGCUACUCCACUUCUAAACCUGGGCUUCCCAACCAUCUACCUUUUGCGAGCCCACAGCCGGUGAAACCCUCGCCAAUGAUGGGCCCACAAAUUGAAGGGGCUAAGGUUGAUGCUUACUGUACCCCUCCCAUGAAAUCUCGUGUGUUGAUGUCGCUGCGCGGAGAACAAGAUGACCUCAACUGGUAUGAUAUUUAUGGUCCAAACAUACCAAAUGCCGAACUCGAGAAGGAAGAUGAAGAUUCCGUCAAGUCUGAGACUGCAUGGUACCAACCGAAAGUGUUGUCUGCUAAAACCGAAACUGGCAAUGACAAAAAGGUUGUCGAUGCUGUCAACAAGGACAGUGUCCAGGAAUCCCUUCCCGUAGAAAAGAGCGAAGUAGUUGAGGUCACAGUUGAUGGCCGCUUUGGCCAUGCUAAUCACUCCCGAGAUGAGCCAGUAAAAAAUGUUGUCGGAAAAGACAUUUCUAGAUCCGAUAUCAAGGUUGAGGGACUCGUUGAAAGUGCUGAUACUAUUUAGUUAAAUAUAUAUUUUGUCUUUGUUUUAUGCAUAAUAUAUUUUGAAAAAAUGUUUGCUGAUAAAAUCAUGGUGAAUUAAUGAAUCAUUUUUGCAACAGAAUGUAUUUUCUGUCAGAAAUUUGCAAAAAAAAAAAUGAUGUAAUUAUCAGCCCAAACAGGGUUACAGCCCUGGAUGUUGUAGUAUUUUCAGAAGUGCUGAGAAAUUUGGGAAUUAGCUACGCAAUAUUGAAAUAAAUUUAUAUGUAUAUAUAUAUUUGUUAAAAAAAGAAAAACAGUGUUAAGUAAACACAAUAUCUUAUUCUAAGGCUAGUUCACAUAGAUGAAUUUAAGUAAAGUUCUUUAUGUGUAACCUUAGCUUGUGAGAUUGAGGUUGUUUUAUCAGAAAUGACAGAAGAAAGUCAGUUGACAUUCAAUGUGGAUCUGACUGAAUUGAAUUGUAUAUAUGUAAAUACAAAACCAUGAGGUGUAUUUAUUCAUUAAACCAACUGCUUCCAUUUUGUGAUGUCAUGCUACGAUGAUCCUGGUGGACCAAUCACACUUGUGCAUUUACUUCAUUAAUAUUCAUUAUUCAUGUACUCAUUACCAUAACCAUGAAUAUUCACUCUUGAUGCCAUUUAUUUACUGUUAUUUGUGCUUUUGAAAUAUUUUUUUUGCGUAAUAUUGUAUGGUAAAUUUUACUUAAUAUAUAUAACCAUCUUAAAAGUAAAAUUGAGACAAGAUUAUAAAAAAAAUAUCUGAUCUUGAAAAUCCAGAUUUUGUAAGAAAAAUGUGAAAAGACUGUCUCAGUUUUAAAACUUCUUAUUUUGUGGUAAUUUUAUGCAUAAUAACCUCAUUUUUUAAAGAAAAGCUGGAGAGAGAAAAAAAACUUUCCCACAGGAAAAAAUUAAUAUCCUCAAAAAUGAAGAGAAGAAAAUUCUACAAAAUAUUGAUAUUUGAGAUUAUUAAAAAAUGACAUAUAUUGGUUCUUUAAAAUGUGCAUAUGACUUUCUCUGUUUCUCUAUUUCUUUCUGUGAUGUUGUUACUCCUGGAAAACUAUACAGAUGUGUUGAUUACGCCCAAGAUGAAUGAAUGACAGUAGCAAAACUAUGUUGAAGGGAAAUGCAUUUAACUUUGAAAACAUGAAAAUUAUUGGCCUAUGUAUAUGAGAAGUGUACUUUUACGAUGAAUGAAUGAAAUACUUGAAUGAUAUAAGUGAUCAUGUACAUAAUUAGAUAGAGUACAUGUAUUUCUUGUUAAUUAUAUGGCCUUAUGAAAAUCUUGUUUGGUUUUCGGACUUGUUUAUAAGUAUGAGAAAGAAUUGUUUAGUUUUUUUUAUGAUAAGCCAUUAUUUAUAGUUAAAAAACUUUUUCUUUCAAUAUAUUAAAAAAAUGUUUUAGCAGAUGAUGUUACUUUUCUUUAAGAAAUGUUUUACAAAUGGUAAAGAUUUUAUAAGAGGCUUAGAACCAGUCAAUAUAUUUAUUUGGCCCUAUGGUUUCAUCAUAGUUUCCUGUGAUAAUUUUUGAUGGCCUGGUAGCCAGAACUAUGGUUUGUUGUUAGCUACUUGAUAAAGAUUUCUAUUUUUGUUUAAAUUAUAAGUAGGUGUAAAGAUAAAAAACAAUUCAUCCUUUAUGAAUUUAAUUUCUUAGUGUAAAUAGCUCAGCAAAUAUUAUUUACUUGAAGUACUUUUCAUAUGGUUUCACGGGAAAAUAUCUUUAUAAAUUCUUUUUCAUAUAUGCAUACAGAGAGAUGAUACAUUCAAAGUUUGAUCUAUUGAUAUAUGUAUCUUUUGUUAAUAUAUACAUUUACUGUUAUUUUUGUAGAAACUUAGCUGUUUUGUUGAAAAGGAAUAGAAGGGUACUACGAUUUCCUUAAAUAAAUUGCAGGUCCUCAGUUUGUGUUAGAUAACAAGUCUGCUGGGAUAAUUAUAAAAUCAUGCUAUAAAACGCAUAUUGAAUGGCUUGCCAGUCAGUAAAUGUAUACAAUAAGUGCGUACUAUUACCAUGAAUUUUUUCGACAUUUAAACUAUAGGUAGAACAGUUACUCUUUUCAUAACAUAAUACUAGAAGUGUUUUAUGCAUUUAUAGAAAAACAUCACUUUGGAGAACACAUAUAUUUAUUUAAAUUUUCAUCUUUUUUAAUUUGUUUAUUUCUACAAUUUUUUUGGGAUUGUAAGCUAGUCAUAUGCACCAUUCUUUGCUAUUUUAUUCUUCAUUAAUAUUUUUCAUCUGCAAUUUAGUGGGUUGUGGGCUUAGCGGCCUAAAAUGUUACUACUCUUGUUUCUGAUUGGCUCAUGAAACGAGGGGAUGUCUCAAAAUUGUUUGUGUUUUAUGAUUUCUGCAACUUUGAGAUUUUCCUGGUUUUAUUUGAGCCAAUUCAGAGACACGUGUUCAAUAUGGCACGUGUUCAAUGUUGUAUUGUUGAUGAUGUUGAAACAUCACUGUGUAUUUUAAAAAAUUGUUAAAUAUGAACAUGACAGGUUCAAGAAUUGUGCUUUUUUGGGGAGAGCAUUAUGCAAUUAAAAAAAGAAAUAUAUAUUUUAAAAUGAAAGACA